CUAAAGCAAAACAUCUGAUUUUUGUUGACAGCCGCUCGACAACGAAAACAAAACAAAAUUUUGAUAAAACAAAAGUAUUUCUUAAAUAAUUGUUGCACUAAAUAAAGUAUCGAACAAUAUGGGCACCUGGGUACUUGAGGUAGCCAAAAUGGGCAUGUACAUGGCAUUUCCAGUAGCGCUGUUUCACAUAUUCAAUCAGCCCGAGUACUUUGAGGAAUGGGUGACCAAAAAGAAGCGCGAACUUUAUCCGCCGGAAAGCAAGAGCCAUCACGAGGAACUGCAGCGCGCCAUACGUGAACACCAUCAGAAACACGAUGCAGAAAUGAUGCGCGCAAUGCAGGAGGCGGAACGCAAGAAGUAAAUCUAGAACUACACUAGGUUUGCUAAAAAAAUGUAUUUGAUAUCAGCUGUUAUAUAAGUCAAGUGGCAUGCCGACCCUCAAGUACGGCAAAACCCAUAGAGUAAUGCGUUGCUUUGUCACAAUCAUAACUGUCUAAAUAAAUAAAUAAUUGUGAGGUUAUUUUUCA